AGGGCUUUUCCACAACGGAGAACAAAGAACACCCUUGGUCAUGAUAACUCCAAGGAGUGUAGCAGCACUUGGGCUGCUGUUACUCUGCUCGAAUCCAUUAUGGGCACACAUACGCAUUGAGGCGCCCGAAGAACAUAAUGCCCCUACUUUUAAACCUGGAUUUUUUAGAGCAGCUGUUGAAAGUGUCCCCGAUAAAGAACUACAAGAAGAUACAUUCAGCCGUUAUUCGCUUGCACCAACUUUUGGAGAUGUUUUCUUACCGUUACGUAGUGCUGUGGAAAGUAUACCCACCAUUAAUACUAAAUCGCUGGCCGAACUAAGGGAGGCGGCCUCUCCACUGCGGCACUUUGUUCGGGAUGCUGUUGAAUCAUUUCCAGUAAAUGACGACGACGAUGAUGAUUACAUUGAAGAGGAGGAAUAUUCGGCAAGUAUUCGUGAAGCCUCCGUUGAGGAAGCAAUGCCUGAGAAAUUGGAGUUGACUGAACCUGAACCAGAUAUGGAUGUUGAAACAUUUCAAGAACCAGAUGCAUGGUCGGUAUUGGAUAAAUACUCGGCAUAUAUAGUACCCAAUCCGCAUAAUGAUGAUUUACCCGAACCCUAUCGUGCCGAUUCGCCAUACCAGCAAUUGGUAAAGGCCACAGAUAUUGAGGAUCCAGAGAGCAUAGAAGAUGUGGCUAAGGUACGCCAGCAAUUGAUUGCUUAUGGAGCUUUGGAAAAUACCCGCAGCAAACUUCGAGAUGAUGUAGAAGAAUUCGAUGAUGUUGAGGAUGGGGAUGAUAUACCCUAUGGCGCUUUGGCCCAUAUUAAGCAGUCGAAGCCGAAUAAGAAUUUCAAUAACUCCCCCGAGGUUUUAUGCUAUGUCACCAAUUGGGCAUUUUAUCGUAAGGCGGAUGGCCAAUUUGUGCCCGAAUAUUUGAAGAAUAAAAAUUUGUGCACGAAGAUUAUUUAUUCGUUUGCCUCCUUGGAUCCGGAUCAUUUGAAUAUUAAGGAGUUCGAUCCAUGGGUUGAUAUUGAUAAUCAAUUGUAUAGUCGUGUGGUAUCGACCGGUAUUCCCGUAUUGAUUGCCAUGGGUGGUUGGACUGAUUCGGCGGGUGAUAAAUAUUCCCGUUUAGCGGGGGAUGACAUCAAACGUCGUGUCUUUGCCUCGAAUUUGGUCGGAUUCUUACAACGCCAUGGCUUCUCCGGAUUGCAUUUGGAUUGGAAUUAUCCCAAGUGUUGGCAAAGCGACUGCUCAAAGGGCCCAGCUGCGGAUAAACCCAAUUUGACAAAGUUAUUGAAAGAAAUCCGUUCCGAAUUUGAUCGUGUCGAUAAGAAAUUGAAAUUGGGUGUUGCCAUAUCGGGUUAUAAAGAAAUCAUAACGGAGGCUUAUGAAUUCCCAGAGUUGUCGAAAAUUGUGGACUACAUGACCGUUAUGUCUUACGAUUAUCAUGGAGCAUGGGAGAAACAAACGGGCCACGUGAGUCCCUUGUAUGGCCGCAAGGGGGAUAAAUAUCCUCAGUACAAUACCGACUACACCAUGCAGUUGCUGAUGAAAUUGGGCGCCCGCAAAGAUCGCAUUAUUAUGGGUAUACCCUUCUAUGGUCAGAGCUUUACGCUGGAACGUGAUAGCUCUCAGUUGCAGGGUGAAGGUGUCGCGGCCACAGGUCCCGGAGAGCCUGGCGAGUUUACCAAACAACCGGGUAUGUUGGCUUAUUAUGAAAUUUGCCAAAGGAUUCGUAAACAGAAGUGGUUGACGGGUCGUGAUGCGGAACGUAAAUCUGGCCCCUAUGCAAUGUUGCGUAAUCAAUGGGUGGGCUAUGAAGAUCCAGCCUCCGUCGAGGCUAAGGCACGUUAUGCAGUAAAUUCUGGAUUUGGAGGUGUAGCUGCAUGGACUGUGGAUUUGGAUGAUUUCCAAAAUCGCUGCUGCAGCGAAGCAUUCCCUCUGCUGAUGGCCAUAAAUCGUGCCAUGGGUAGACAUAACUCUGAACCACCAACACGUUCAGAUUGUAGCCGUCCUGCGGUUCCAGCUACUCCAGUGCCACCGGUAAUGACAACCAUUAGCAGUGAUGGUUCGGGAGGUGGAAUGAUGCAUGAUCAUACCACCAGUAAUCCGGUGUGGCAAUCACCGUCUACCACGACCACCACUACUACACAGAAACCUUCAACAAUUUGGUGGUCACCACCAUCUUCGACAACUACGACCACAACUACAAGGAGGCCAACUCAGACCACCACCACCACAAAACGUCCGAUGGCCACAAAUAAACCCACAACAAUUCCCGCACCUGCAGUCAUCCGACCUGAAGUAAUUCCCGCCAAGGACUGUCAACCAGGACAAUUCUAUCCCGAUUCAUACAACUGCAAUAGUUAUUAUCAAUGUAUUGUACCGGGUGAGGUUCGACAACAAUUCUGUCCCGGUGGUCUGCAUUGGAAUGAAAAGAAUAAAAAUUGUGAUUGGCCUGCAGCGGCUCAAUGUGCCCCGAAGAAAAAGCCUACGGCCUCGGGAGCCAAACCUACAGCUAAACCCAGCACAAAACCAACAACCAAACCUACUACCCAGAAACCCACUCCCAAACCAACCCAGACACCGACACCCCAACCCACCACAUUCACCACAACCCGCCGACCGGUACCCGCCUCCUGGACCAGUACUAGACCCCCAAAACCGAUUGCCACAACACGAAAACCCAGUUCCCAAAGUCGUCCACCCACCUCGGCAAAAUGCAACGAAGGUGAAUACUACAGUCAUCGGAAUUGUGGUCAAUAUUACAUUUGUAUCAAUGGCAUGCUGGUUCCCAACUCCUGUGGAGGCAAUCUCCACUGGGAUGCCAUACGUAAGAUUUGUGAUUGGCCGGAAAAUGUCAAGUGUGUAACAACCAAACGUUAUUUACGUAUUGUCCAAUCGAAAUCCAAUCCCGAGGAUCCAUGUAAUGGUGAGGAACGCGUUCCAUAUCCUGGAGACUGUUCCAAAUAUUUGUUCUGCCUGUGGAAUCGUUUGCAAGCUGCUGAUUGUGGUCCAGGUUUACAUUUUAAUGCUGCUUCGGGAAUGUGUGAUUGGCCAGCAAGUGCCAUGUGUUCGGCCGAUGGAGGGCCACAUGAGGGUGGUUCGAAUGAAUUAAAUCCCAAGCCGGCGCCGACGACAAAGAGACCCACUACAACGACUACCACCACCAUGAGACCCACUUACCCCACCGAUAAACCUGCCCUGCAACCCCUAGAUGGUUACUACAAGGUUGUGUGUUAUUUCACCAAUUGGGCUUGGUACCGCAAGGGUGCUGGACGUUAUACUCCCGAUGACAUUAACACCGAUCUAUGUACCCACAUUGUUUAUGGCUUUGCGGUAUUGGAUUAUUCCGAAUUGGUAUUAAGGACCCAUGAUUCCUGGGCUGAUAUUGAUAAUAACUUCUAUACUCGUGUCAGUGGCUUGAAAAGUAAGGGUGUCAAGGUCAGUUUGGCUUUAGGUGGCUGGAAUGACUCUCAGGGUGAUAAAUACAGUCGUCUCGUUCGCAAUCCUCAAGCUCGUGCUAAAUUUGUAAAACACGCCCUGGAAUUUUUGGAGAAAUAUGGUUUUGAAGGUUUAGAUUUGGAUUGGGAGUAUCCAGUGUGCUGGCAAACGGAAUGUAAUAAGGGUGUUGCCGACGAGAAAGAAGGUUUUACCGCAUGGGUCAGAGAGCUAUCGGAGGCGUUUAAACCUAGAGGAUUACUGCUGUCGACAGCUGUUUCACCAAGUAAGAAAAUUAUCGAUGCUGGUUAUGAUGUUCCUCAGCUGGCCAAAUAUUUCGAUUGGAUUGCCGUAAUGACCUAUGAUUUCCAUGGUCAAUGGGAUAAGAAGACGGGACAUGUUGCACCAUUGUAUUAUCAUCCUGAUGAUGAUUUUGAUUACUUUAAUGCGAACUAUUCCCUCAACUAUUGGAUUGAAAAGGGUGCUCCGUCGAGGAAAAUUGUCAUGGGUAUGCCGCUAUAUGGUCAAUCGUUUACCUUGGAAAAUACACGCAAUACCGGAUUGAAUUCUAAGGCUCCAGGACCCGGCAAGGCUGGAGAAUUUACCCGAGCUGCAGGCUUUUUGGCCUAUUAUGAGAUUUGUGAUCGCAUCAAACACCAAGGCUGGGAAGUGGUACAAGAUGAACAGGGCCGCAUGGGUCCCUAUGCCUACAAGGGUAAUCAAUGGGUGUCCUUUGAUGAUCCGGCCAUGAUACGCAAGAAGUCCCAAUUGGUUAGGGCCUUAGAUUUGGGUGGUGGCAUGGUUUGGGCAUUGGAUUUGGAUGAUUUCCGUAAUCGAUGUGGUCAGGGUGUGCAUCCUCUGUUGACCCAGAUACAUGAUGUGCUGAAAGAUCCCCCCACGGGAUAUGAACCUACACCUGGUCUUAUUCCCGUUAAAGAACCUGAAUCUGUGGAGGAGAUGAUUAGCUCCCAGGAAAUUAUCUAUCCCAGCGAAAUUGAAACGGUUUCCAAUGUCAUUGAUCCCAUUAAUGAGACUGAAGACAAUGAUAAUGACGUAGAGAUCAUAACAAUGGGUGACGGGUCCCAGGAGGUUACCUCACCCACAGAUGGCGGCGAGUUCAAGGUUGUCUGUUAUUUCACCAAUUGGGCUUGGUAUCGUCAGGGUGGUGGCAAAUUCCUUCCCGAAGAUAUUGAUCCGGAGUUGUGUACCCACAUUGUCUAUGGCUUUGCUGUGCUGAAUCGUGAACGUCUGACCAUACAACCUCAUGAUAGUUGGGCUGAUUUGGAUAACAAAUUCUAUGAACGGGUUGCUUCAUAUCGUGCCAAGGGUAUUAAGGUUACCGUUGCCAUUGGUGGUUGGAAUGACUCGGCUGGUGAUAAAUAUUCACGUUUGGUCCGCUCCGCUGAAGCCAGAGCACGUUUUGUUCGCCAUGUCAUGGAAUUCAUUGAGAAAUAUGGGUUUGAUGGUUUAGAUUUGGAUUGGGAGUACCCAGUAUGCUGGCAAGUAGAUUGUAAGAAGGGUACCUCGGAUGAGAAGGAAGGUUUCAGUGAUUUGGUCAGAGAGCUCUCGGUGGCAUUUAAGCCAAAGGGAUUGUUACUUUCCGCCGCAGUGUCACCCAAUCAAAAGGUGAUCGAUGCCGGUUAUGAUGUCCCAGAAUUGUCGAAACAUUUCGAUUGGAUUGCUGUCAUGGCCUAUGAUUAUCACGGACAAUGGGAUAAAAAGACCGGUCAUGUGGCACCCAUGUAUGAACACCCAGCCGGAACUGAGGGAUUCAAUGCCAACUUCUCAAUUAACUACUGGUUGCAAAGUGGUGCUGAACGAAAAAAAUUGGUCAUGGGUAUGCCCAUGUAUGGUCAAUCGUUCUCUUUGGCCCAGGCCGAUCAACAUGAUCUAAAUGCACCCACUUAUGGUGGUGGUGAGGCUGGAGAAGCCACUCGAGCCCGGGGUUUCUUGGCAUACUAUGAAAUUUGCACCUACAUUCGGAAACGUGGUUGGAAUGUUGUGCGGGAUCCUCGUGGACGUAUGGGCCCUUAUGCAUAUUUGCGUGAUCAAUGGGUUUCAUUCGAUGAUGCUCCAAUGAUUCGACAUAAAUCGGAAUAUGUUAAGGCCAUGGGAUUGGGUGGUGCCAUGAUAUGGGCAUUGGAUUUGGAUGACUUCAAGAAUGAUUGCGAUUGUGAAUCGUAUCCAUUGCUGAAGACAAUUAAUCGGGUGCUGAGAAAUUAUCCAGGACCACAUCCUAAGUGUGUGCUGGAAGACAGAGAUAAGACAAUGAUUGCCGGCAUGACCAUGGCUCCCCAGGCCCCAGCGAAGCCAAAACCCACAAUUAACACUAGUGUACAAAAUGAGGCCAUAAUUCAGGCUCACAAGCCAGGAAAACCAACUUCGGCGCCCGGCAAACCCAAGGAAUGUGCUGGACGUAAUUAUGCUCCCCAUGAACGGGAUUGUAACAAAUAUUAUAUCUGUCAAUAUGGAGAAUUGGUGGAACAAAAGUGCCCCUCUGGCUUGCAUUGGAAUCAAAACUAUUGCGAUUGGCCACAGGCCAGUAAAUGUAUGGUGCGUGAUGAUCACACCACGAAAAAACCCAUGGCACCAAGACCCAUACCCACAACAAAACCCACAUCUGCUACCACGAAGGCUCCACCAAAGGUCACCAAGAAACCUGUAGUGACACCCAGUAAGAAACCCGUGGCCCACCCCAAACCCACGUAUGUCCCACCAUUGGCCAGUAAUGAAGAUUACAAGGUAGUUUGCUAUUUCACCAACUGGGCUUGGUAUCGUCCCGGUCAGGGUAAAUAUGUUCCCGAAGAUAUUGAUGAGAAUCUCUGUACCCAUAUUGUCUACGGUUUUGCGGUGUUGAACAGUAACUCCUUGACCAUCAAGACACAUGACUCAUGGGCAGAUAUUGACAAUCGUUUCUAUGAACGGGUUGUGGCCUACAAGAAAAAGGGUCUUAAGGUUACUGUGGCCAUUGGCGGGUGGAAUGACUCAUUAGGUAGUAAAUAUGCCCGCAUGGUUCUCGACCCACAAGCCAGACGCCGCUUUAUUGAAAGUGUUUUGGCAUUCUGUGAAAAAUACGGCUUCGAAGGUUUAGAUUUGGAUUGGGAAUAUCCAGUUUGUUGGCAAGUGGAUUGCUCCAAGGGUUCGUCCAACGAAAAGGAAGGUUUUGCCUCAUUGGUACGUGAAUUAUCCGAGGCAUUCAAACCUAAAGGUUUACUGCUCUCCGCUGCUGUUUCACCCAGUAAAAUGGUCAUUGAUGCCGGUUAUGAUGUACCCAAAUUGGCCAAAUACUUUGAUUGGAUUGCUGUGAUGACCUAUGAUUUCCAUGGACAUUGGGAUAAACAAACCGGUCAUGUGGCCCCUCUCUACUACGUUGAGGGUGAUAGCAACCCCUACUUUAAUGCUAACUUCAGUAUUAAUUAUUGGCUUGAAAAGGGUACUCCACCCAGCAAACUGAUCAUGGGUAUGCCGCUGUAUGGUCAAUCGUUCUCCUUGGCCGACUCGAAUUCCCGCAGUCUCAAUGACAAAUCUGUUGGUCCUGGACGCGCUGGCACCUAUACUCGGGCUGGUGGCUUCUUGGCCUAUUAUGAAAUUUGUGAACAAAUUAGCAACGGCGGUUGGACAGUAAUGCGCGAUCCUCAGGGCCGUAUUGGUCCCUAUGCCUACAGUGGCAAUCAAUGGGUAUCCUACGACGAUGUCAAUGACAUUCGUCGCAAGGCACAAUUUGUACGUAAAAUGCGUUUGGGUGGUGGUAUGGUCUGGGCAUUGGAUUUGGAUGAUUUCCGUGGUCGUUGUGGAUGUGGUAAACAUCCUCUGCUGCGUACGCUUAAUCAAGAGUUGCGUGGCAUACCGGGACAAAGGGCAAAUGAUUGUACAUAA